GCACCACUGUUCCUGGGGAGCAGGACAAGCGCAACCUCUCCUCCUGUUCCUCCCUUCCAAAUUCUCGCUCUCUUCUUGGUUUCCCCCCGGCCCCCCACCCCUCCUCCUUCCUCGCGUCCUUCUAUUCCUUGGCUCGAGCUCGAAGGCCGUGCCUCUCUCGUCCUUUUUCUUGUUGGCUCGGGCUCGCCGCGUUCCGUCUCUUCGCUUCCAGAUCGAUUUCGAGAUGAAAGAUCGGGAGGCCUCGAAUUGUGCUCGCAGAUCCGUGCUGUCCGGCGGGAAUCUUCGGUGACGAGGGUUCGCUGUGGGAUCUGAGUCGCUUAGGGUUAGGUUUCUUUGCUCGGUUUCUUGGGGGAGAGAGAGUAUGCCGUCGCCGGGAUUCUCGUCGUCCAAGUCAGAGAAGAAGGGGAAUGCCGCCGCGAAGCCGGAGCAAAGGAGGGACCCGUACGAGGUUCUUGGUGUGGGUCGCAAUGCCACGGAUCAGGAAAUCAAGAGCGCGUACCGCAAAUUGGCUCUCAGGUACCAUCCUGACAAAAAUGCUAAUGAUCCUGCAGCAGCUGAUGUGUUCAAGGAAGUCACAUAUUCAUACAAUAUAUUGUCGGAUCCAGACAGACGACGUCAGUACGACACAUCUGGUUUUGAGGCUGUUGAAUCAGAUGGCCAAGAAUUGGAGCUUGAUCUGUCAAGUCUAGGUACCGUGAACACAAUGUUUGCUGCACUUUUUAGUAAACUUGGUGUGCCAAUUAAGACAACUGUAUCAGCAACUGUGUUGGAGGAAGCACUGAAUGCUGUGGUAACCAUUCAUCCACUUCAGUUGGGGCAGUCUUUGUUCAGAAAGGUAGAAAAGCAGUCUGCGCAUUUUUAUUCUGUAGAAAUAACAGAACAGGAGGCGAGGAUGGGAUUUGUGUGCCGAGUGCAAUCAGCUGAUAAAAGCAAAUUCAAGUUAUUGUACUUUGAGCAGGAAGACAAUGGUGGAUUGAGUCUUGCAUUACAGGAAGACAGUAUAAAGACAGGGAAGGUUACUUCUGCGGGAAUGUUCUUUCUUGGUUUUCCUGUUUACCGUUUUGAUCAUGGUAACUCGAUGGCAAUUGCAAGGGAUCCAGAUGCUGCCUUCUUCAAGAGAUUAGAUGGAUUUCAACCAUGCGAAAUAAAUGAGCUGAAAGCUGGCACCCACAUAUUUGCUGUGUAUGGUGAUAACUUCUUUAAAAGUGCAAACUACACGAUAGAGGUCAUGUGUGCUGAACCAUUUUCAGCUGAAAAGGAAAAACUCCGGGAUGUAGAGGCAAAACUUCUAACUAAAAGGGCAGAAAUAUCUAAGUUUGAGACCGAGUACAGAGAGGUGUUGGCGCAGUUCACUGAGAUGACAAGCAGAUAUGCUCAGGAAAUGCAAGCUAUCGAUGAGCUCCUAAAGGAACGGAACUUCAUCCAUGCCUCCUACACCAACAUUUCACCUCUAAAACGGAAUUCAAGUAGCAGCAAGAUUAGAGCUUCAUUCAGGAGGUCUAAAAGUGGAGAUGACUGCCAAGCAAGAGAAAAGAAAUCAAGGGACCGUCCCAAAAGGAGGAAAUGGUUCAAUAUUCACUUGAAGGUGGACAAGCGGAAGCCCUGUUGAACAAGGUGGGAGAUUGUUCAGCUAUUUAGCCCGCUUUAUUUUUCUUGCCUAUUCGCAUUACGUUUUCAUCUAGUUCAUCGUUGUAGGUCUGCCGGUUCCUCCGGUGUCUGAAUAUUCACACGUAUGCUCAGUAGUAACAUGCAGGAAAUCUGUUGAUCCUAUCUUCGUUCUUUUCCCUACAUUCCUUGUCAUUAUUUGCUUCUAUUCAAGGGUUCUAAAUAGACGUUAGCAAAGAGAAUAUUUUAGCAACCCUUUGCUUGCAUUUUUUCCUUUGGAAUCUGCUCUGCCUUUAGGUUGAAGCGGAGGGAUGAUGUAAAUGCUAGAACUUAAAGUUGUAGUCCGUGUCCAUGAUCAAAUUUGUAUUAUUUUCAGUUCUCACUAGUGAGCAAAUUAAUUUACUUGUCCAUGUUUUUCUCUU